CUGGGGCUGCUGCCGCUGCGGCGGCUCGGCGGGGGCGCGAAAGGUGCCUCCGCCGCUGCCGCCUCCUCCUGGGCCUGAAACAAGAUGGCGGCGCUGGGCGGCGAGUUCUUCAGUGUGGGCAGCCAAGUGUCGUGCCGGACUUGCCAGGAGCAGCGGCUGCAAGGCGAGGUGGUGGCCUUUGACUACCCCAGCAAGAUGCUGGCGCUCAAAUGUCCUUCUUCCAGUGGCAAGCCUAACCAUGCAGAUAUCUUGCUUAUAAACUUACAGUAUGUUUCAGACGUGGAAAUAAUCAACGACCGCACAGAAACCCCCCCACCUUUAGCUUCACUCAAUGUUGGCAAGCUUGCGAACAAAGCACGGAUGGAGAAGGAAGAAAAGCUGAGCCAGGCGUACGCAAUUAGUGCUGGGGUCUCUUUGGAAGGACAGCAGCUUUUCCAGACAAUACACAAGACCAUUAAAGACUGUAAAUGGCAAGAGAAGAAUAUAGUUGUGAUGGAAGACGUCGUCAUUGCCCCUCCGUACCAAGUGGAAAACUGUAAAGGCAAAGAGGGGAGUGCCCUCAGUCAUGUACGCAAAAUAGUCGAGAAACAUUUUAGAGAUGUCGAAAGCCAAAAGGUGAUGCAGCGUUCACAAGUCCAGCCGACACAGAAGGAAAGCGCCCUCUCGUCCUGAGUCCCGCCUGCCCUUCCUUGGUUGCGACAGAUUGCUCCUGCGGGGUGGGGGAUGGGGUGGGGUUGGGGGAUAUCCUUCGAACACGCAGCCGCAGAUGACACAGACUUCUUCAAAGAGGUCGGGGGAGGGCAGGGGGGUUCAACUUCUGUUCUCGCGGUGGCCCUGUAAUGAUGGGACCCACCACUUCCGAACUUUAGGCUUAAAAACAAAACAAAACAAGAGAAUAAUUUAAAACACUCAUCCAUUACUUGACUAACAGGUUCUUUCAUUUCUGCCCCGCCAGGUGUUUCCCCCUAGCACAGUCAGCCAAGUUGUUAUUUUGAGUUUUCUCUCCCUCCCAGAAGUCUCUCAUCAUUUUUUUUAGCUUUACUGAAAUUGAUUCCACAUCAGUCCCCCUCCUCCUCCUCCUGUACCACAGGAGAAUUCAGCUCCCCAAUGUCCUCCCAUUAAAAAAAAA